UAUAAACUCUUGUUUAUUCCAAUUUUCUUUCCUUAGAUUCUCUAAAUUGUCAGUGAACAUGGUUAGUUUUUUCUUCUUCUUUUCUACGGUACUAGGGGUUGAAGUUAGGGCUUCACACACGUUAGAUAAACGUUCCACCGCUGAACCACAUCCUCAGCCCAGUGAACAGCUCUUCAAUGCCUUUGGGACCUUAGUAUGCUUUUCAUGGGGAAUGCCCUGCACUGUGAAAUCUGAUUAUGUGGAGCCAAUUCAGACCGAAUGAUGAUUUCUUGAUUUUCUGUCUAAAGUUCAACCAUUGAAUAUCUAAGUCCCUUUCUGCAGACAUCUUCCAGGUCUGUCUUCACGGGUUGGCACAUCCUCCAGGUUUAUAUCACAGUCACUAAAACGUAAACUCCCUACAACGCUACAGACCUACAGAAUUGGUUGGGGUUUAUUUUGUUUUGUUUGUUAUCUAUCUGCCUUUCCUUUUACCUCGGGCUAUCCUUUUUGAGGACUAAACUUCCCUGCACUGGAAACCUCUAUUCCCUGUUAAUGAGUUCCCUGAAAAGAGGUACUCAGCAGCUGGAGCAGAGAGGAAUAUCGUCAGGGGCAGCAGGAGCGGAGACAGGGGAAUAUCAUCAGGGGCAGCAGGGGCGGAGACAGGGGAAUAUCGUCAAGGCCCGGGCAGUGCUUGGCAGAUGUAGUAUGAGUAUGACGGACAGUGGGCUCUGGCUUUGUGGAUUUGAAUUGAUUGAUCUCUAGCUCCCCUCAUUUACUCCUAGCUGCACGUAUGUUCUUUUUGCGGGGAAGAGAAGAAGGCUCUAACCCUGAUAAAGAUUUCCCUUACUGUGCAGCAACCAAGAUUUGGGCAGAUAUGUAUGACAUCAAUAGAUUCCUUUAGUCUAGGCCCUGUACAGUCCAAUGCUUUUUAAAUUCGACUGCUCUUGAAUCUUUAUAGAGUUCUAGGCUGAGUAAGUAGGCAGUGUGCCAAGAGCUUUACUGUGUGACCUACAUAUAAUACAGUAAUCACCGUCCCCUCCCCCAGCCCCUCUUGCUGCUCCAUUUCAGUGUAAGGACAACAGUAGAUAAUCCGACCCAGUCUGGUAGGACUGGUCCGGCACACAGCCAGCCAGUGCUCCCUGACAGCUGAGGGCCGACUCUCUGCUGGUUGUAGUCGGGUUCUGUGUGCCCUACAUUGCACACACAGGGCUCGUGGAUCCUGACUUCACAGUCCUCCUAGGUUGUGGCGCACCCGGCGGUGGUGUCCCUGCUUUUACGUCCCCGGCAGAGGGCAGCCUAGCGGCGGCGCGGGUUUCCCAGCCGGCGGCUUUAGGGCGCGACACCCGGAAGUGGCGGCUGGAGCGGGAGCGCUGAGUUGUCGGGCGGCGGGACAGCGGCCCGGAAUAGGGGGCGGGGGCGUUGGUCAUGUUUCCCUUCGGGCCCCACAGCCCGGGCGGGGACGAGACGGCUGGAGCCGAGGAGCCGCCGCCUCUCGGAGGGCCGGCGGCAGCUUCCAGACCGCCCUCUCCAGCUCCGCGACCGGCGUCUCCGCAGCGAGGAGCUGACGCGGCCUCUCCCCCGCCGGUCGCCGGGAGCCCUCGCCUCCCGGGCGGCCCCGCGGUGUCCCCAGCCGAGCGCGCCGGAGAGUUCGCGGCUCCCGGAGCUCUGGAGUUGUCCGCCGCCACCGCGUCGGCGUCGCAGGCAAAGCUGUCACCCUCCUCCUCGCCGCGCAGACGCUCGAGGCCGGACUGGAGGGCGGGCGGGCGGAGCCGGCAGGGCCUCGGCGCAGGCCUGGGCGGCCCCGGGGCCAGACUGUUCGGGUGGCUGAGAGAGCGAAGCCUCGGUCGCGGGCUGUUCGUGGACCCGGCUCGGGACAAUUUCCGCACGAUGACUAACCUGUAUGGGUCCAUCCAUCCCGCAGACUCGGUGUACCUCAGCACCCGCACCCACGGUGCUGUCUUCAACCUCGAGUACUCUCCGGACGGGUCAGUGCUGACAGUCGCUUGUGAACAGACUGAAGUUCUGCUUUUUGACCCUAUAUCUUCAAAGCACAUAAAAACCCUUUCUGAAGCACAUGAAGAUUGUGUGAAUAAUAUCAGGUGCACAGAAGAUGGGUGUCCACAUAAGAAAUUCUUUCAUACACGUUUUCUCAUGAGAAUGAGAUUAACACCAGAUUGUUCCAAAAUGUUGAUCUCAACAUCCUCUGGAUACCUCCUGAUCUUGCAUGAGCUGGACUUAACUAAGUCUUUAGAAGUAGGCAGCUAUCCCAUUUUGAGAGCAAGAAGAACUACUUCAAGUUCAGAUUUGACCACUACAUCAAGUUCUUCUGGUUCUAGAGUUUCUGGUUCACCUUGUCAUCACAAUGAUUCAAAUUCAACUGAGAAACACAUGUCUCGAGCCUCUCAACGAGAAGGAGUUUCACCACGAAAUAGUCUUGAAGUGUUAACCCCUGAAGUUCCUGGUGAGAGAGAUCGGGGAAACUGUAUCACUUCCUUACAGCUGCAUCCUAAGGGCUGGGCCACCCUUCUUCGGUGCUCAAGCAACACUGAUGAUCAGGAGUGGACCUGUGUCUAUGAAUUCCAGGAAGGAGCUCCAGUGCGACCAGUCUCCCCUCGAUGUUCCCUGCGGUUGACUCAUUACAUUGAGGAAGCAAAUGUGGGCAGGGGCUACAUCAAAGAACUUUGUUUCAGCCCUGAUGGACGAAUGAUUUCUUCCCCACACGGCUAUGGGAUUCGCUUGUUGGGAUUUGACAAACAGUGCAGUGAGCUUGUUGACUGUUUACCCAAAGAAGCCAGUCCCCUGCGGGUGAUUCGUUCUCUGUACUCUCAUAAUGACGUGGUUCUGACAACAAAGUUCUCUCCCACACACUGUCAGAUCGCCUCAGGGUGCCUUAGUGGACGGGUCUCUUUGUAUCAGCCAAAGUUUUAGGCACAACUUACAUCAAAUGAGGAACUCUUCUGGUGUUUGGCUUAUAAAUUACUUCAAUUUAGGUGAAGUAUUUUCUUUUUUAGAAGAUCUUAUAAGUUUGGAUCAAGAUCUUGGUUCUUAUGGGUCAGUGGACAUAUAUAUGUGUGACCUGAGUACUUGGCCUUCCAGCGUCAUCCGGGCAUCUCCAUUUCAACCACGCAGCCUGUUCUGUCAGCAUUCCUUUGCUCCUGUCUGUGCCGCUGAGCUUGGGUUUUCCUGGUCAUUUUGCAUGUGGCUCUUGUUCUCCCCAUCCCUGUCUCCACCAUUCCUCUCUGCCUCCGUCCUCGUUUUUGAUUUUUGGUAUGAAUUUUAUGGACAUUUGGCAGGAGCCUUGGUUGGGAUGAGAAAACCCAUGGCACUAGUGUUAAAUAAAACUCAGAAGUUGGAUGUUGGCACACUGGUGAUUGAAAAAGUUCAUCUUCAUUUAUCAGUAUACUUGGCCUUUAAAGUUGCUGUCAGACAUUGAGCACAGUAAUAGCAUUCUCAUAACUUUUAGAAACUCUUGCAACAAGAUAGCUUUUUAAAGUUUCCUGUUAAAAUGACACCUUUAUAUCUCAUGUGGGAUUUUGUUGUGAAAUUCUAGAAAAAUAUUAUAACCUCUCUUUGUAAUUUAUUUUACUUGUAUGAAUUUAAGAUCUCCAGCGUGUGUCUUUACUUGGUAUUCUGUUCCGGUCAGCAGCAUUGGAGAGGAAAGGAAGAGCCAUAAGCCUGGUCAUUUCCGUUGUCCAGAAGAUUUAUUUACUCAGGAGGUCGGCACAGCAUCCGGCCAGUGAGUGAGGAGAUUGAUGUGACUUAGGUUGGCUGUGAGUCUUUUAAUCACACAGAUGGUGUGUUUAUAGUAAUGAAGUGGGAGGGAAAUCAAGUAAAGAUUUUAUUGUGUUUGUUCCUUCAACCAGGGAUCAGUUCUCAGAAGGGAGCUAGAGUCCUCUUUAAGCUGCUGUCAUAAACCUAGAGUCAGUGACCUGACUGACACUGCUGUCCUGUGUUUGGCUAUGGAAGGUCUGGGAGACAACGUGUAAGCCCAGGCUGCUCCAGUCUUAAAUGGGCGAUGUCCUGCCAGGCUCUGCUACAUUGGUUGGUUGGUUUGUUGAUUGACUGACUGAUUGAUAAUUUAAGCCAUGCAGCAGUAGCCUUGUUCUCUUUGGUCACGUGCCCUUUAGGCCAGUGCUCCUUUAAUAUUAGGAUGCAGUACAAUGUACCCUGAAGGACUAGUAAAAUGUGCUGGACCUUAAGACUGAUUUAGGCAGGGAAAGAACAGAACUCUUAUGUAAAUGGAACCUCAAAUCUGCAUCCAGGUGGCCUCUAGGCCAUAGUUUAAAACACAACUUGGAAUGCAGUCGAUAUUUCUUUAUCCAUUUGGUGCUUAACAUAAUUCUCACAAGAUGUUUCAUCUAUUUAAAUAGUAAUAAUAAUCAAUAGUAGCAAUUUUAGAGUAGAAAAUAACUUGAAGUGAUAUCCAAUUCAUUGUUGGACAAAUGCAAGAAGUCACAUGAUUUGCCUAUGGUCAUACAAAGUCUCUCAAUUCCUUGCUCAGGGCUUUUAAAAACACCAGUGAUCGUGGACAUCUUGUCUUUAUUAUUGUAAAUACGAUGAUAGGAUUGGAAAAGGAGGGCAUGGGAGUAGAUGCUGAGAGCUUUAUCCAUAGGAAAGAAGUAUUUUAGUACUUGAGAAAUUAGCAGCCCAUGUGUGAGUAAACACAGCAGUUCUCUCUGUGCCCAUCACACAGCCGCUCAUACAGCCGGAAGCGCUUGUGUCUCACUGAGAACAGUGAUAACUCUGCGACAGUCUCGAAGAGUCAACACUUCUUACCACAGAUGCUGGAAAAGCUGGAAAUGUUGUAGUCAUUGAAACAUUCAACCAAGCACAAUGGAAAUCAUAGGCUUGCUUGCCGUAGCUUUGGAAAAAGGUUGCUUUUUGGGUCUUUUUUUUUCCCCCAAAGAAAAUAGUUUGGGAGGAAAGUAUAGCAAUUAAUACCUUCACAAUUAAAAACUAUUAUAUAAGGAUCAAAUUGAUACUCAAAAGAAGAUUCCAUAAAUGAUAUCAGUUUGUAAAGAGUUCUAUGUCAGAUGUUAUACCCACAUGUCACCUAACGCAAGCCAGGGACCCUUGAAUCACUGUUGCUGAAUACCUACUAUGUGUUGAAGAAUGUGUCUGCUUUAAUAUACUAUGGGCCCCUACAAAGACCCUUACAAGGUAGGUGGAAUGAGCGUCAAAUUAUGUUGAAAGUAGCAGUGUGUUAAAAAAUGAAGUGACGUGCCUUCAGCCACAGGUGGCAGAGGUGGCAGCACUGGAUUCAGAUGGAGGUUUGCUGUCAGUUUUAUUGCUGAGACUGCACUGACUCCUCUGCGUUUUGCCCCUUAGUUCAUGGAGGAGGAGUUACACUGGUCUGCUGGUCCAUGUGCUUGCUAUCUUCUGCAAAGUUUGAUCACACAGUUGGCCUCGUUCCCUUGAGUACUGCAUAAAAGAACAUUUCAAGCACUGAUGUUCCCAUGAGACUGGAGAGCAUAAACUCAGGCCAUUUCUAACAGAAAAACUAUGCAGAUGAGUCCCCAUGGUGGCGAAAAAGUGGAUAGUCAGCCUUGUGAGAAGCAAAGCCAGACAGAUGAGAAGUGACAAGAGCCAGCAAACUGAGCAGGGAUCCGUUGCCCUCUCUGAGGAACAGUCAGGAUCAAGACAAAAUCAGACAGUACUAAGCAAGGAAUUGAACGGCCUCAGAAAAACCUGUUCUAUUGGGAAGAGUUACAUAUCUUAACGUCCCUUUUUGUUUUUAUUUUGUUUUUGGCUUUUUGAGACAGGGUUUCUUUGUAUAGACCAGACUGCCUUCAAAUUCACAGAUGUCCACCUGCCUCUGCCUUCCAAGUGUUGGGAUUAAAGACAUGUGCCACCACAGCCUGGCCUUAGGGUCUCACUUUAAUAGUCUAAAACUAUGUUGUUUUUUUUUUACUGUUUUAUUUAGUCAUUUUUAUUAUAAUUGGUAGAAAUAUAUUUUAAUUGAUAACGAAGUUAUUACUGUUGGUAAAGCUUCCUUUGGAAGAGUCUAUUAAUGGGAAUGCUAUGUUGAAUGACUUACAGAUGUAUCAAAUAUACAGUAGUUGCUUAUUUUCAAUCAUGAAAUAAAGAGCUAAAGUAAGAAACUUCUACUUUAAAAAAAAAUAUUAUGUGAUCACAAUUCGGGGGCCAGGGGAACAUAUGCUUUUAAUUCCAGAAGUGGGGAUGCAGAGGCAGGAGGAUCUUCUGUGAGUUUGAGGUCAGCAGGUCUACAUAGUAAGGUUCUGGGCUAGCCAGAGUUAUACAGUAAGACCCUGCUUAUUAAAAAAAAAAAAAAAAGUCAUUUUUUUCCUCAGAACCCAAAACAUAUGUAUAUUUUAUUUUUUCUCCCCAUUGUAUUCCUAAGAAGGCAGCAUAGCAAAAAAUUUUAGAAAACAACACAAGGAAAAUAUAAAUUUCAUAUUCUCUACUCCUGCAUCGAGGACCAAAUCACAUUUUUUAAGGCUGUGCCCUCUAGAAGGUGAGAAUAAAGAAAUACAUCAAGAAUCUUUUAGAAGGUGGGUGUUUCUAAUACUGGAGUAUGCAGCAGUGUCCAUAAGAGUCUGUUACACUUGGCUUUUAUUUUUAUUUAUUUUUUGAGACAAGAUUUCUCUGUGUAGCCUUGGCUGUCUUAGAACUCACUUUGUUACCCAGGCUGGCCCACAACUCAGUUUCCCUUGCCUUUGCCUACCAAAUGCUGAGAUUAAAGGUAUGUACCUUUAAUCGCUGGCUUUCAUUUGGCUUUUAUGAAAGCAGGAGACAUGGCCUGAUAACUUCCUGAUGACAAUCAUCUUUAUCCUGUACCAGUGGUCUUGGUCCACUCAGUAACACCUUCUGUUGGUCAUGAAGGAAUCCAUAUAUAUGACUUCUGUUUAGAUAACUAAUGCAUAUCUUUUUAAGUGCCAAAAUUUAAAAAUUUCAGUUAUUUUUUUGAUGCAAGUCUCCUUAGGGAUGGUAGUCUACCUCCCUGCCUUUUUAAACAGCUUGCUCAGUCGAAUUCACUUCAUCAUGAAGUUAUAUUCAUGAUGUUUUAUUGCGCAUGCCCAGUGCGGUCUGGUCCACAUAAAACAGUAAAACAUUUCAUAGCACACAAAGGGCUAUAACAGAUUCGAGGAAUAUCCACCUAGUAAGUGAUUCCCUCAACGAUGGAAUUAUUUCCCUCAGUAUUAGCUUUAAAAAGUGUUUGAUGUCUGCAGAGUAAUGCAUUCUAUCAGUGUGCCUGUUUCUAACAGGCUCCCACUUUCUUCUGUGCUGUCUCCCAAGUUCUGGGCUGUGACAUGAACUGACCAGUUCUGGUCAGUGCCUACAAAAUAACUGGACCAAAGCUCCCAGUUAAAGGUGGGGCUCUAACCAAGUAAGGGGAGGAAGUAUGAGUAUACACUGCUGCUGCUGGAGUGGAGUGUGGUGAUGAUGAUGCCUCUGCAGGGAGGCAGGCCUUCAUCCUUUUAAGAGCAAAGAAGCGUGCAGAAGAGAAAGGAAGGAAAAGGAAAAUCGAGGUAGGCCGAAGACUCUGGGAGAUGGCACUGAAUAACCAUUAAAAUGUACUCUUGAUUACCAUGUUAAAGUCAGUUUAGUGACACUGUAGAGUAAGGCUGCACUAUGUGUACAUCCUCUGGAGAACUCGAGACUGUGUAUAUCCUGAGAACUGCACCCCUCCGAAUGGUAAUGGAAAUCAGCACCAAGAGGAAAGUCUCCAGUUUGCCUGUGUGCUGCUGUCUUGAGUUGUAAAUUACCUGAGAGAGGUUUAAUCAAAAGUCCCAGGGCCUGGAGAAACGGCUCAGCGGUUAAGAGCACUGGCUGCUCUUCCAGAGGUCCUGAGUUCAAUUCCCAGCAACCACAUGGUGGCUCACAACCAUCUGUAAUGGGAUCCAAUGCCCUCUUCUGGUGUGUCUGAAGACAGCUACAGUGUGCUCAUACAUAAUUAAUUUUAAAAAAAAAGUCCCAAGGAGCACAUCUCAUGCAGACAUUUUUUGAAUGUAUGUAUAUAUAAAUGUCACUGUAAGUGACGCUUACCCCUAAGAAUAAUAAAGUAACAUUCAGGAUUUAGAUCUGGUCCCAAUCUGUAUUUUCCCCUAUACAAAGAAUAGAUGUUUGAAUUUUCUUUUAAAUUUGGCUGCAUCCUUCAUUUCCAAACUCUGCUUCUUUUUUUGGGGGCGGGGGGCACAAAACUUUAGGUUUGUAUUUUUGGCAAGCUUGGAAUAUUCUAGUUAAUAUGCUGUCAGCUAGAACACUCUCUUAGCAGGUUCUAAGGUGCUAUUGGGUCUUCUGCUAGACUGUGCGCUCCUUGAGGGCAGGGCUAUCUUUAUUCUUGUAUCCACGGUGCCUGGGAUAGUAUCUGACAGAGUAGUUGUUCAAUAAAUAUCUGUUGAAUGAAUUGAAUAAACCUUCA